AUGAAUAAUAAAAAAAGGAAGCUAUCAGACACAAUUGAUAACCAUUUGUGUGAUGUUGAAAAAAAUGAUAAAAAAAAAGAAGAAAAUAUAAAAAACUUAAAAAAGUUAUUAAAUAAUUAUAUAAAUAAUAAUGAUUUAGAUGAUCUGAGUGAUUAUUUAGCUAGCACAUAUAAAGACUUUUUAAUUAAUUCCAUAUAUGAAGAAUUAAAAUGCCAAGAUAAUCGAAAUUUGGGUGAAUUAAUAAGUAUAUGUUUAGAUAUAAUUGAAAAAAAUCACAAAAAUUUUAAACAUCAAAAUGUGUAUUUUGUUUGCUUGAAUACUUUGUUUUUAUUAUUAAAUAGGAUUGGUAGUAUAAAUAAUUAUAUAGAAUAUAAUUCGUUUAAAAUAUUUUAUGAUUUAAUAAUAAAUGAUAAUGAUUGGUCAAAUAAUAAAAACAGCAUUGAAAUAUUUGCAAAAUUAAAUUAUAUUAAUCUUUUUAUCGUAUCAAAUACUUUUUUGAAAUGUAAAAAAAAAAUAAAUUGUAAGAAAAAUAUAGAUUUUAACAAAUCAAUGCCCAUACAAAAUAUUAAUAAAAUAGUAAAGCAUGUAUUUUCCAAUUCAAUACUUUUGGGGAACACUAUUGUUAAUCAAAAUUAUAAGGGGAGUAAUUUUAAUGAAACAAGAGAUUACAUGUUUGAUAAUACCUACAUAAAUAAAUAUGUCGAUUUUAUAUCAUCUUAUAAGACACAUGUAUUGAACAAUCCCACCUCGAUUAUACACAUGACUAAUGAAAAUAAUAAAAAGAUAGGUAUGUCUAAUCAAGAUAAAGAAAUUUCUAUAUUAUAUAAAAAAGUUAGAACAGAAAAUCGUUAUAAAGAAUUGGAAAAUAAUAAUAUGAUAAGUAGUUACAUUAACAGCCAAUAUAAAAAUAGUAACUAUAUAAAUGACACAAAUAAAAUGAUUAUAAUAAAGUCAUGUUUUUUUCCUACCAUGAAAAAUGCUUAUGAUAUAUUUGACAAUCCAUAUGAUAAUUUAUUUCUUCAAAUAUAUACUAAAAUUAUUCAUUUAAUUAUAAAUACCGAAUUAACAAUAUAUAUUAUUUAUGAAUGCGUAUAUAUAAUUUUAAACACAUGUGAAAUACACAAACAGGAGUUAUUACUUUUUGAUUUAUUAUUACUAUACAAAUUUUAUAUUAAAAAUGAUAAUGAUAAAAUGAGAAGAUUUAUUAUUUUUUAUAUACAUUUAAUUAUUAAAUGUAAACACCAAUAUAAAAAAUUAUUUUUUAUGAAAUUAGUAAAAAAUAUCAACCCCUUUUUUUAUUUACUUUAUGUAGACAAUCCAAAUAUGUGCAUAUAUGCAAAGGAAUUCAUUUCAUCAUUAGACUUUUUCAAUGCGAACGAUACAAAUAUUUUCCUGAAUAAUAUGAAAAACGCGGAUAAAAAUAUUGAUAUAAAUAUGUGUGCUCAAAUUGAAAUAAUUAGGAUUAUGAAUGUUAUAUUAUUUUUAUUAGACAAUAUAUAUAAUAUUAGUGUGAACAUAUAUGUAGAUGCCGAAUUUCAAAAAAUAGAAUAUAACAAUUUCUAUAAUAAUUGUAUAUGGCAUGAUCCAUUAUUCAAAAAUUAUACAUAUUAUCAAAUGAGUAUAAAAAAAAAAAAAUUAUUUUUCAAAUGUAAAAACCCUGAAGAUAAAAAUAUUAAAAUAAGAAAUAUUAUUAUCGAAAUAGAAAAUAUGAUCAAAACUUUUGAUUAUCUUUUUAAAUUUGUUAGAAAUAGAGAAUGGUGGAAUAUUUCUUUAUUAUUUUUUUUCAUACAUUCAUUUGAUAUGAUUAAAAAAAUAUGUCGAAAUCUUCCAUGUAAAGAUUCUAAGAAAUUUUUUUUUUUAACAAAGAAUUUAUUUAUGCAAGCAAUAUAUGUAUUUGAAAAUUUUAGUAAAAUAGGAAAUUCACAAUUAUGUAAUUAUGAAAAUAUGUUGACAGUUAUUGAAAAAUUUUACACCAAAAAUGAUAUAUAUAUAAUGGUUCUAUUUAAUCAAACAGAAAUCAAGAAACUUAUUGAGAAAAUUAAGCUUAGAACAAAAGAAAAAAAUUCGAAACCUAUUCUUAUAUUGCUAGAAGCUUUAUACCUUGUAAUUAUAGACUUUUUGUUUCCAAAGGAUGAAGAACAAUUGGGAGAAAAAACAAAAGAAAGUAACAAGCAAAAGAAAAUCGGGACUUUUUUUAAUCCAAAUAAUUUUAGCUUUUUAAAAACGCUCUUACUUAGAAUAUCAUAUUCAUAUUAUUAUUUAUGGUCUCAGUUUUAUAGCAUUAAUUAUGAAGCUCUAGAUAAAAAAAAUAUAAAAUUUUCCAAAUUAUCUUUCUUUGAAACAUUUUAUAAUAGAAUAAAAGACAAAUUAAAAAUAAAAUUGGAUUUAAAAAAAAUGAAAAAGCAGGAUAUUUUUUUACAAAAUGUGUGGUUAAAUUAUAGCAAAAUAUGGGAAAAUUAUUUAUGUGUAAAAAAAUCCAGGUAUAUAUCACCUGAUAUAGCUAAUUAUUUUACAUUUUGCUUUGACUUUUUUAAAAUACUUAUCAUGUAUGAAAAUGAGGCUGAUUAUACUUUUAAUCGAAAUAGAAUUAGCAAAAUUAUUUUAAAUAUGUGCAAAAUUAUAAUUUUAAAAUACCAAUAUUUUUUACCGGCAAAAAAUAUAGGCAAUUGUUUUUCUUCAUCCAUAGAAUUUCUUUACCAUUUAUAUAUAAGUAUAUAUAAUAGUAAAAAGAGCGCUAAAUUAAUGAACAAAAUUGCUUUUUUAAUAUUUUUGUGUUGUAAUAAAGCAAUGAAUGAUGUAGAAAAGGGCCAUGUUAUAUUCUAUAACAAUUGUUUUGAAAAUGGCGAAAUGAAAAGGAUAUGCUAUGAUAUAUCAGAAAAAUGCCUAGCGAAUAGCCAAAAUGAUAAUAAUAUAAAUAAAAAUUAUAUCAUUAUUAAAGAUAAAUUUCAAAAACAUUUUAAUGAAUAUUAUCUAAACACGUCCUUACAUGUUUUCAUAACAUGCUUAAAUGUAUUAACGGAUACGAUUAAAAUAACAAUUUCAAAAGUCACCACUCAUAAGGAAAGCAUAAUAAUUAAGAAGUCAAAAAUUAAAAAUCGAAAGAAAAAAGAAAAUAAAUACAAAUUUCUCAAAUAUAAGAAUGGUUUAAUUUUGUUUAAUUAUACAUAUUUGAGUAACCUUUGCAAGUGCCUUAUAAAAAAUGGACAUAAAUAUUUUUUCUAUAGUUCUAGAAAAUAUGUUUUAAAUUUUAUACAACAUUUUAUAUCGAUGAGCACAAUUAUACUUUUGAAAUAUAAAUUUAAAAAUAAUUUAAAUUUAAAGAAAAUCUUAAAAUUUUGUUUUUAUAGCAUUUCUACUGAUUGUGAUAUAAGCACCUUGAUAAUAAUUCAUAGAAUCGUCUUUUCUAUAAAAAACCAUUUAAAGUAUUGUGGAACUAAAAUUAAAAAGGCACAUCGUUAUUUGCGAGAAUGUGAUGAUUUGAUGUCUAUUAUAGUUCAGGAAUCUCAUACAUACAAUAUAUCUGAAACAAAUUUAUGGGAGGAGUAUAUAUCUCAAGACACAAGUUUUGAUUCUUUAAAACAUACAAUACAUGCAGAUUGCCCAGGAAAUUAA